GUGGUGUCGAAUAGUCGUUGAUUCGAAUGCGCCGUCAACUGUUGGGCAGCGGGCAAAGGGCGCUGGGUACGUCUGGCGGCGAUAGUAGGCCCCGAGCGCGAGCGUACGUAAGCUGAGCGCGACAGGGGGCAAACAGAGCUGUGUAUAGUAGCAGACCGUCGAGUGGCCCUAGAUCAUCCCUUUGUGCUAGGUGUCGCCUAGUCCAGGACUCCGCUGAUGGAGACGGCGAACCGUGAGGCCGCUGCGGCUACUCCGCUCUGUGCAAUUGCUGAUUGAGCUUUGCCAGCUGACAAAAUUGGCAAAGAGCAGCAGCAUCAGCAGCCGCCGUCGCCAUGGGCAACUGCCUCAAUUGCGUCGGAGGCGCUCAGCAAGACAACGCUAAUUUGCUCAGUAACAGCUCGGAUCCUGCCCUCGGGAUUGGCGCCUCCCAGGACACGCUCAGACCUUCACUGCCCUACAAUGAAAUGUCUAGCAAUUAUUAUCCCCCGGCACCCAUUAGAGAACGACAUUUACAAUCUACAGAGAUGGGCAUUAGCCGUGGAAUUGGAAUAGGAGUUGGCUUUGGAACCGGUGGUGGACCAAUUAUAAACGAGGAAGAACAUCAAGUCAGAAUGGCUAAACGUAUUGGCCUUAUUCAGCACUUACCUACGAGGGAGUUCGAUGGUGUCAAGAAAGGCGAAUGUGUAAUUUGUAUGAUGGAGUUGGUGACCGGUGAAGAAGUGCGUUAUUUGCCAUGUAUGCAUACCUAUCAUGCUGUUUGUAUCGACGACUGGUUACUGCGAUCGCUGACUUGUCCUACUUGUAUGGAACCAGUGGACGCAGCUUUAAUUAAUUCUUAUCAUCCUACCACUUAAUAUCAACUAGUGAGAUGUAUCAACGGAGUAGCUAACGUGUCGUGCGAAUUAGAUCACUUAAAUGAUAGAAAGCUACUACAAUGUCUUCGUUAUAAACAUGAUUGUAAUUGUAGCGGUUUGCAUUUAUCGAUGCCUGAAAGAAAAAACAUAAGUGUAGAUGUUCAUUAAGAGGGAAUGAUUAAAAAUCAAUAUACA